UUGACAGAAAACAACAAUUAUAAGUUUGUUUAUAAAACUUGCAUAUCUUCGCAUCAACAAAUGUUUAUGACAACAUUAAACCAUUUUUCAGAAACUUAAAUUAUAUGCAUUUUCAUUGUAAUUCUUCACUAUAUAUGAAUGGCGGCAAUUUAAGAAGGAAAUUUGUCAGGAAAAGCACACAUUAGGUUAAAAAGUUAAUCAACCCUUUAUUUUCGUUAGAAUUUCAAAAAUAUAAAAUGUAAUUGCGAAAUGGUCACCCCGUUUUGUUGAAUGGACGUAAGAUGAAACUAUGAAUUAUGUCUGUGCGAAUCAACUUCGAAAUUGGUCAUGAAGCUGCUAUUCGUGCAAAAUGUACACAGGAGGGAUUUACACAUGAUUGGGUAGUAUUCGUACGGGGAUGCGACGGUGCUAACAUACAUCAUUAUGUAGAAAAGGUUGUGUUUUAUCUACACGAAACGUUCCCAAGACCAAGAAGAGUAAUCAAAGAACCGCCGUAUAUGGUGAAAGAAUCAGGAUACGCUGGAUUUACGUUGCCUAUAGAAAUAUAUUUACGCAAUAAAGAUGAGCCGAAGAAAAUCACUUUAACGCAUGAUCUUCAUUUACAAUCCGAUGGUGCUCCAAUUAGUGAUGUUCAAACCAAGAAAUACGUAUUUAAUACGCCAGGAGAAGAUUUCAAAUUUAAAUUGCUUCAGGGUGGAGGCAUGAUUGUUAAUUCUCAAGAAGCGAGUGCAGACAAUCGUUCUACGCUUGAUGAGAAAAUGUUGUUAAUUAGUAAACCCAAGCUUGGCGGAUCUGAUGUUGUAAAGAAACACAAAAUGAAAGUUGAAGAACCUCGAAACAGUUUCCACGAAUUGUUUGGUGCGCCUAUCACAAAAACCUCGAAAACAUCGGUUGAUGCAAAAGCAGUUGUUAAAAACAAAAAUAUUAAUAUUAGUAAAUCGAGCACAUGUGAGAAGGACAAAUCAAAAAACAAACACAGUCCGCAUAAAGAAAAAGAAAAGGAAAAAAAUCGCGAAAAAGACAUGAAAACUCGCGAAGAAAAGAAACGUGAGGAAAAAAAGGAACGUAGUAAGGAUCGCGAAGAACGCAAAGACAAAAAGGAAAAAAGAGAAAAAUCGCCCAAAGCAAGAAGUGAGACGCCUACGAAAAGAACUUUGAGCCCGUCGCCGUUACCAAAACAUAAGGACAAAGAUGAUAAAAAAAUUGAGAUCCCAAAAGAUCGUAAGUCAGACGAGCGCGAGAAGCUCGAAAAAAGGUUGAAGAAAGAAAAACGUGACAAGGAAAAGGAAAGGAAGGAUAGUAAAUAUAAGGAACGGGAACAUAAAUCCAUAGAACAGAAGGAAAACAAAAGCUUGUCGCGAGAGAAAGAUAAGCACAAGGAACCUAGUCCUUUGCCUCCAAAAAAUGGAGGCAAAGAAAAACUGUUUAAGGAGAAAGACAUUUUGAAAGAUUGCAAAGAUGGAAAAGAGGAGUUGGACAAAGAAGACAAGAUCAAAGCGGAGAAACUCGAAGAGAAAGUGAAGCACAAACAUAAAAGGAAAGACAAGGACAAAAAAGAAAAGGAAAAACUAAACGAGAAAACUUAUAAAUCAGAAAAGAAAUUGGAGAAAAGCUCAAACUCAAAAUACACAGAAUCUUCCAAAGAACUCCCGAAAGAAGAGAAGAGUCUCUUCAGCAGUCCGAAACAGACAUCCUCCAACGAUUUAAAGGUACAGGAAAAGCCUAAAAAGCCACUAGGUACGUUAAUGGCGGAGUUUACCGAUAACAAUUCGUCGAACAGUUCGAUUAGCAGUCACGAGGAUUUAUUUAAUGAACCGCCGACCGUGAAACACGAGCCGAAGAAGGAGCCCGAAAUGAGGCCCGAGCCCGAUAAUAAUACUAAAUUGAAACGCGAAAAGGUGAAGAAGAAUAAAGAUAAAAAGAUGGAGAAAAGUUCCGAGAAGAAACGUAAACGAAAGUCCGACAACGCGAGACUGGAGGAACCGUUAGAAAAAGUCGCGAAAGAAGAAUCUUCCAAUUCGAAGGAAUCGGACGCGGAAAAUUGCACACAAAAUGAAAAGCAAGAGGAUGAGAACUACGAGGAUUAUAUGAACAUUUUAAGAGAUUUGCAACAUAAAAUUUUAACGUUGCAAGAUAACUCGGAGUUGCAGCGGGUUGUGCAGUUAAUAGCAGAAACCGGACGUUUUGAGGUAUCUGCACAAACCUUCGAUUUUGAUUUGUGCUUAUUAGAACGGUCGACUAUAACGCAAUUGCAGAAUUUCUUUCAAAGCACGUCGUAAGGGUAAACAAAACGACAGCUCCGAUUUUCAUAUCAGCAAAGUGUUUUUUUGCUAUAAUUUUUUUAUUUCUGAAAACAGACCAAACAAUUUGGCCGCUCAGUUGUAAAUUAUUUUUCUUGGAAACCAUGACAUUGUUGAAAACGUCUUUGUAAAAGACGAUUCUAUUAAUGCUAUUUUUAAAAUGCGUCGCAUGGAUGGUUCUCGAGUUGUCCACAUUUGCCUGAAAGGUGGGUACCUUUCGUAGGGUUACUUGGACAAUUAUAAAUUAUUUAUUUAUAUUAGUAGAGUAAAUUUACAGAGAAAUCUCCGAUAGUACAAAUUAUAAAGUCUUAUUUAUUUGUCAACAUCAAAAUCGUAAGACCAAUUCAAUUUUCAAAUUCGCAGAAUAGUUCUUUCUGUAAAUACUGAUUAAAACGUGUAUAGUAUACUUUACGAACAAACAUUA